CGGUAGCAAGGGUCGCGUGGGGAGACACCCUGUAAUAGUUCGGAUACUGCGUUCGACCCAAGCGAUGAGAGACAGGCAAACGACGGAUCGCAGCUCAGCAAACGCGAAGACAAGAAACCGAGUAUCGACUCAGAUGGACAGAACACGUAACUGAUCCUUGUGCUAUUUGUCUUAGUUGAGUCUUCAGAUUAAGCGAUACUAACGUUUUUCGGAACUAAAGUCAGCAGGCUCGAAGGGAAUGUGUGCAGCCAGCCUGGCUCAUUAAACCGGCCUGGAUUCGUAGACGAAACCUCAAUGGUAAGAUUGACUUUCUUCCGGGAAGCGUCCACCUGACGCCUGGUGUAUGUACACCCCAUCGCGGCGUCUCACUGGCACCGAGUUUCGGUGAUGUCUGCAAGAAGAACGCGUAUGCCGGAGAGAGAUCCUGGGCUUUUCGAAUCGCCAGAGUUGGCAAGUGUGUAGACUGAGCUUCUUCGAGGUCGAACCGUAUCGGAUUUGCGCCCCGACAAAUAUGCUGAAUUCUUACCUUGGCUCGUGAGCUGCGGUCCGCCGUGUAAGGCAGUAGUCUCCGACGAGAAAAAGCGAGGCACAUCGACGCGGGAGAAACCUGAUUCCUGACCUGGCAAGCCGCGUUCUUGGGUAUGUUUUUAUCGGGUUUAGUGGCUUAGCAUGCUUGUGAAUGCAGGACAUCAUCCCGCAAGGGGAUCUUUUCCAGAGGUUUACCAAGGGCACACCGCUGCCUCAUCUGCACGGUCAGUGCACAACGAGGCGCCAUUGCUCGUGUUUGAGUCGAGGCAGCGCUGUGCGUGUUUCGUCUCUAUUUCCCAAUUCGGACGCCCAACUUUUUCUCGCGAAAUACCCCUCAAUUGUGUUUGCUCAACGCCCUCCCACAACUUCUCUUUGCGUACCGACAGUUCCUCAGAGCAACUUUUUCUGCGGGCAGUAGAGACGUACGGCCUGCAACUCGUGGACUUGCACAAGCAAAGGGCCCGGUAAAGAACAGGUUCAGCAUUCCUCUUGUGGGGCAACAGGCGAGACCACUGCUUGCGUACGUUUGUCCUUGUUCCGCAAUUUCCCUCCAUCGUCUAGAAGCGCAUGCUUCGGCUCAACUCAAAAAACCGGUCUGGCCGACCUCACCUUUCUGCAAGGGAAAUAAACUCAAACUUGGAGACGCAGCGGAGCCCCUCCGUCCAGCGCGCAGGCGUCUCUCAGCGAGGGGGGCGGAGAUUUCCUCUGCGCUUUGACUUCUCCCGCGACCUGAGGCGGUUGAGGAAAGAGUUCUCCGCUCUGGAGAAGCCGCUGUCGGCGGUCUUUUUGAAGAGUCUUUGGGACGCGGAGAGCUUCCCAGACAACGUUCACUACCAAGUGUGGAGAUUCUUCAGCCCCUGAGCUCCGGAGAGCACGCUUUUUCGUUGAGCAGUUGCCGACCGACAGAGGACGAGCAUCUGGAUCCCGGUUCGCCCCCUGCAUCUAGUGGUGUGGAAGCAUCUACGUUUUCUGGAAGGAACUUGAAUUGCUUUCUGUUUCUACGUUUUUAACCGUCUGGAGCAAUUUGCUCCUGCGACUAUUAAUACCUCGCGGGACGCACGAGAGCUGCCGCCGCCGUGUUGGUGUUGGGAGUGUCGCCCUUGCGAGACGAAGCGCGUUCGUGCUCUUGUAACGCAUUGUUUUUUUUAAGUUUCAUUGGCUGUUGUCCAAGUCCUCUGACGCACUGAAGAUCGCUUCCCCGUUUUCUCCAGAGCUCUUUUCCACCGAGUGCUGGUGGCCAGCAGUCCUGUCUCUCCUGUCUCCUCUCCUGUUUCUCCCCCCACGUCCCCCGCGUGAGGAAGUCUUUGUUUUGAGUCGGCCUAUUCCUCCACGAAUUCUCACACUGACGCUUUGCCGACAUGCGAGUGCACCUAAACGUGUUGGAAUUCAGCAUCGUACGACGGUAAGGAUUUACCACCUAAAGUAUGUUCUCGGCAUUUCCAGUUCUUUCAGAAGUGAAACGUGGGCGCGCUCCGCGGGACUCGUCUGUUUUCCGCCGUGUCAUCCUCGACCUUCUUUCCACGUUGUGUUCCCGCUUGAACUCCCGCUUUUUCACAGAAGGACGCUGUUUGAGUAACGCGGCUUCGUCCACACUUUUUUGCCGUCCACCCCAGCCGCACAGUGUGUUCGAGCGCUAGCGGGCCGAGAGACCCCUCGUCUCUCCUCACACAUUUACCCUCAAUCCCAGGCGUUUUGCCCUGAACCCCUUUUCACCGCGAUGGACGGCCACGGUUCGCCGGCGCUGCGACGCGAGUCGAACUUUUUCACCUCCGCCCAUGUGCCGAGGGUCCACUGUCACGACAGCGCAGGCGUGUUUGAACAGGCGGUCGGCCCCCCAGCUCUCCCGCAGGCGGAUUCCCCCGUCGUGUGUUUGCCCGUCGCUCCUGAGGAAGUCCAGAGAAUGGAAGGCGUAUGUCAGUCGCCGCCUGUGAGGCCGAUGCAUCCGCGUUUGCCGGGGAACAAAUUCAGGGGGCUGCGAGCGACAGACCCCACGCAUGCAGGAAGCUCGCCGUCAGCUGUGAGGCCGCCGACGGCUUCUCUGGGGGUGCUGGACGCGGCCGCCGUGCCCGUCGCUCCUCGCCGCGCGGUGCGAGUGUCCGGCAGCGCGAAGGGUGUCGUAAGCCGCGACGUCGCGGCAGAAAGUGGGCGGACGUCGAGCGCGCUCGCAGGCGGGGUCAUUCCGUCCAUCAAGUCUCUCUUUGCGUUCGGCACUACCGCAGCCAGCGCGCUGCCGAGAUCCAAAGAGGCCGCGCCUGCAGCCGAGAAGCCCAGAGCUGCGGGUCCCCGCGAGGCGCUGCGGAUCUACCGGCGCGGCCCGCCAGGUGUACGUACGCCCCACGAACCGCUGGGGUACGCCGGGGCAGGCGUCCCGAGUCUGUCUCGCGGCCAGCUCGCCUUCAGCCAUCUGGUGCAGCAGGCGAACACGCCGGCAGGCGCUCAGCUGCCGUGUCUCCUCACGGCCUCUCGCGGCGCGCUUGCGGAGAGCCAGUUGCGCCAGGGGGCGAAAAUCGAUGUGAACGGAGGCUCCAGCUGGGUCGACUCGGCAGGAAACUUAUGGGCAGUCCCCCUCGUGAUGGAGACUUCGCCGGCUGCGCAGCGCCCGCACGACUCACGGGCGGGGCGAAUGGCGAGCUCAAAAAGAGUGAGUUUUGCGUCUGGGGUCGAGAAGCGAUCGCCUUCUUCGCUGAUUCACGCGGCGAGUCUGAGGGCCGCGACGCCUGCCCUGGCUGCCGGCACUCUCCCGGCGGGACGCGACGCCUCGCAGAUGCCUGAGGCUCAAACUGCGGGCGCUGCGGCGGUCGCGGCGCCUGGCCUCCACGCGCUUCAAGGCGUGGCGCACAGACGCGAAGUUCUGAAGGUCGCGGCUGAGCAGAGCAAGCCAGAAGGACCUCAGGGUGCUCGACCAGGAGGCGUGGCUGUUGCGCAUGCAGUUGCGAGUCAGCCUAGAGAGGCACAGAUGGCGGCAAGAGUUCAGGGCCUCGAGGCUGCAGCCGGGCCAGAGACCGGGCACAUCGUCGGCGGAGGUGAAAGCCACGUUUUGCUCGAGUUCGGGCAGGCGUAUCCGGACGGUGUCUUGAAGGCGUGCAAGAAGAUCGUCGAAGUGAAUCCGGACACAAACCGUGUCGAGACUCGGCUGGUCCACAAACUCAUGAUUCACGAGAGUCCCGACGUCUUCAUCAUGCCCGAGCUUCUCACCCCCGCGACAUGCGACAAACUCGUCAAGAUGUGCCAAGGUCGCUGGCAACCAAGCAAAACCAGUCGAGGACCUCUGCAUGCACUCCCGAAUGAAUAUUCUUCCGGAGAGAGUUUGUCCCGGACAAGCAUGUCGGUGCGCCUCGCUCCUGGGGAGACUCCUGAAGUGGAAAAUUUGGAGAACAUCGUGGCCGCUUUCGCAGAAAUGCCCAUCAGCCACCUCGAGCCGCUCGUCGUGGUCAAGUACGAGGAAGGCGAGUUCUUCAAGCAACACCACGACGGCCACUUCCGUCGCACAACCAUCCUGGUCUACCUAAAUGACGUGGCCCACGGAGGCGAGACCGAGUUUCCGCAUCUGGGUCUGAAGCUGUCGCCGACGAAGGGCUCCGCAGUGAUGUGGCGGAACGUCUUUGAGUCGAAUCAAAUUGACCCGCGAGUCCUCCAUGCAGGGCUGCCGACGCUGGCGGGGCAGAAGUACGUGAUCAACUGUUUUUUCAACCAGCGUCCGGUGCGCUUUGCUUCUCCGACGGAAGGCGCAGUCAAUGGCAGUCUUCCGCAGUUGCCUAAGUCAGAGCCGCGAGGCCCGGCGUCUCCCACGGGACUUCUUGCCUCGCCCUCCGUGGCUGCUGCGCCUGUGGAUCAGCAGAACCGACCCCGCCCAAAUCUGGCAGCGUCUGCCGCCGUACCCCAGGCGAUUCGGCCGGGACAAAGUCCGAUCGUGGAAUGUGCGAGAACGAUCUCAGCUCCGCGCGCUCCUCAGGUGCACGCGCUCUCCUCUGCGGAUCUCCAGAACUCCCAGGUCUCCGUGCAGCGCAUGCAAGCCGCUGUCCAGAGAGCCUCCACGUCAGUCACGUACACUUCGGGUGGAGGCAACUGCGCCGCCGUGACAGCUGGCCCUCGUCUGGCUGGCGUGCCCACGACUGGGGCCUGUGCCACAAAUAGAGCUCACACGCUACGUGUGAUUCCUGAGAUGCCCCAGUACCCUCUGGGAGAACCUUGUCAAGUGCCUCACCCUGGCUUCAUGCAUCCAGGGCGUGCAGGGAAGUCUGCUCAGUAUGGGCACCAACUGCCACACUACGGCGCGGCGUUGCCGCACGCGCCAGGGUACGUGUCUGUGGGUGGAUCGAUGGGAAUGCAUGCAGGCUCUCAGUGGGGAGGCACGGUGGGCGGGAAUCACACAGCCAAUUUCGCGCAAAUGGGAGCUGCGAUGGCAGGACCGAUGGGAGGGAUGAUGGGAGGGAACGCAGGAGCAAAUUUUUUCUCCAGUGCACCUGCUUUUAUGAUGGUUUUCGGCCCAAAUGGCGUGCCGCAGAUGAAACCGUUGACGCAGGAGCAGGUGGAUGACGGCGUAGGGAAGUAUCUGAUUAUGGAAGCCAUGCAAAACAUGAAACCCCCCGUCCCGCCAACUUCUGCGGAAAGGCGGUACUGACUUUGCUGGGGGCUGUAGCGCUGGUGAAAAGAGGAACAAACAGGAGCUCUCAUACUAGAAAGCUCACCUCAAAAUAGUACUUUUGUGUGAGGAGCAGGAAACGCGUUGUCUACAGAAAGCACGCGAAUGCUCAUUUGCGACCGGGUGAUGCGGUGAACGCCGCAGAGCCAGCGACAGCGAACUGCAUUCCGCAAAAACGAUUGUGUUUCUCCUUUCAAGUAGGGUGUGGCGGUCCGACAGUUCGCAGAGCGCAAGUACGAUGAAGUUACGUGAGCACCGUUGACUUUGAGCUUCAAAGGAGGGGCACACGGUUUGUCUUUUGUGGAGAAGAUGUAAAGAUUUGUUUUGUCCGUGUGACUGUGUGAAAUGCCAUUGCACACUGGUGAGCAGACUCUUGUGUCGCCGCUUUGUGGAAAUUGAUAGUGAAAUAUCCCGUAGAAUCGUUUUGUGGGUGUGCGCAUGUUUGAUAGUAUGUGUUGUAUCAGUCCUGAAAUGUGUGGUUAACAGAAAACGCCAGCCACACGAUUGACCAAGUAGGACAGAUAAACCGUUAGACUAACAAUCAGAAAGGAAACUCCCACAGGGCAUGGAAAAGAGUGUUGCUCAAUUCCGCGUAACGCAGAGGCUGGAGUACAGGUGUCUGCGGUCGAACUCAAAAGUUAAAGACGAAACUAAUUACGUGUUUGUGUCAUACGCUCAAAUUCUUCGACUGCCAGCAUUGGUCACAGUAGCGGACAUCCUGCCAAAAGGCAUUUUCGGUAAGAGGUCGUCAGGAAGAAUAGGUUUCGAACAUGGGAGAACUUGUUUCGCGCGAUAAUGUAGCACGUGAUGUUCGUUUGGGGGUACUUUUUCCCGUGCAGUCAACAGGGGAGAGCUUGGGGUUCGCUCCCAGCAGCAGACGGUACUGGUUCCAAAGGGGGCGAUAGCGGACACGAAUUGCCCCGAGCGGGAAAACAUGAGUUAAUAACGAAUCGAAGACACGGUACGAACUUGUGGAAUUCGUGCUCUGUGAUUUCGAGACCCUGUAUGAAGUAUGGGUGCAACUGCCUUCGAUUAACAAGCGGUGAAAACUCCAC